UUAGAGCCCACAGCUGUGUCGGGAAAACAAACAACUGUUAAGCUUUUCAAGUAUCACAACAGACCUUGGUGCCGUUUUCUUAUGCGGUCCCACAAAAGCUUUUAUCAAGUUUUGGGCCCACGAUAUAUCUCGCGUGCAUGUGUGUUGGUAACGCGCCCCAAUCUACCCCAACCCUUCUGAAGCUUCUUCCAUUUGGAUGACGAAACACAGUCGCGAGUCGCGAGCAGCAGCAGCAGCAGCUAAAGUUAAAAGUCGCCUAGGGAAAAAAUCCAUAAAUUGAUUGUGCCACGGUGUAAACAAUAGAAAUUAACUUAAGGAAAAACUCUGGAAAAUCAUGCUGUUGCCCACGAUCCGAACGGGUGUCAAGUGGAGUUGGCGCCAGACCUGGGACAUGCUGAUGUCGCCCGUCUCCCCGCGCAAUCUGCGCACCACAGCGCUGCUGACGAGCAUCUACCAGCUGCUCAUUGCGCACUCGAUAUUAUUUGUUGUGCUUCUUUGUCUGGCGCAUGCGGAGCAAAUGCGUAAUCUGCUCGACAUGGAUAUAUUGGAUCAGAAGGAUAGCGGAUUCUAUACCAUUCACAACGAUAUGCGCCUGAAGACUGCUGCUCAGCUGGCGGAUGCUACCGAAAAUGCACUCUAUGUACUAUCCGGCAUUGCCAGCGUUUAUGCUUUGAGUGCCAUAGCCCUAUUCUUUGGCGUGUUCAAGAAUAAGCCCGGCCUGAUAAUACCCUGGCUGGUUAUUGAAUUUCUGGGCGCUAUCGCUGUGGCUGUCAUUAUAUUCAUGCUGAAGGAUACAAAGUUACCCAUGCUAUUUGGCGGACAGUGCGCUUAUUUAAUCAUCUGCUAUACCAUGCUCUUGAUGGAUGGUCUCAAGUGGUAUAUCAUGCAUAGCUUCUAUCAAAGUCUACGCACAAUGAACAAACUGCGAGAGAUUGCAACUGUGGCUAUACCCUGUCCAGCGCCGGGCGCUGUACCCUAUCAGUACCGCAGAGAGCAUAUGUAUUUGGGCAGCAAUGGCUAUAAGCAUAUAUUGACUGAGUCGCCGGAUGGACAAUGUUAAAUAACGUUUACUUAAAAGACGAAAGAAGAAAAAAAAAACUUCGACUAUAUACGAAUAAUUCAUACACUCCUACCCCUCCCCAUACCACCAGCAUCAAAACUUCCAGCAUCAAGUGUCUUAAAUAAUUUUUGCAAUCUCAUUAUUUUUCUUGUUUUUUGGAACGUGUGUGAUAUGGUAUAAAGAAACAGAGAUAACUAUUUUAGAUAGCGAAUGCAACGAGAAGGAUAUAUUAAUAGAAACAU